GACAUGAUGAAGGAAUUCAAGGAGAAACAACUACUAAACGUGUGGACAGAUCCUGAAAAACAGAUAUUUAAAGAAAAGUAUAUUCAAUUUCCGAAGAACUUUCAAAUGAUUGCAUCUUUUCUGGAAAGGAAGAGUGUUCCUGACUGUGUACUUUUCUACUAUCUGACAAAGAAAAAUGAAAAUUAUAAACAAUCUGUAAGGAAGACAGCAAUAAAAAAACGAGGCUUCAGGAAAGGUCGUAAUGAUGAUGAUAAAGAUGAUAAAUAUUAUGAUGAACAUGACAAAGAUAAACAUGACAUGGAUGAUGAAGAGCAUGGAAAUCCGAGUCAUGAAGUAGAUGUUGGUAUGCCAGUAGACGGUACUGCAUGUUCGCUUUGUAAGAAUCCACUAGAUGCAUAUACACUGAGCAGACCAGUCAAUAAAAGUAACUGUGAUAUGUUUGGUGUUAGAGAGAAUGAAGUUACUCCAAAUAUGAGAGUAUGCAGUAGUUGUAGAUGCCGCUCAUUCCGACGUAGAUACGAUCAGAAGUGUAUGUACCGACUAAACCUGAUGGAUUUACAACUGAUCACACGUGGUAGUCGGCGUGAUUCUGCCGCCGAUAGUGUUGCCUCAACUGUGACUGGUGCCUCUGAUGAGGAGGACUCUUCGGUAUCCAGUGAUGAUAACGAUGCUGAUAAUGAUGAAGAAAGCUCAGAUACUGCAAGCGCCAGCGAGAAUGAGAAUGACCAAGCUUCAUCGAGCAGUAAACCUGUUGAGUUGACCCAAGCUUCAUCGAGCAGCAAACCUGACGAGCCGUCCCAUGCUUCAUCGAGCAGUAAACCUGACGAGCUGUCCCAAGCUUCAUCAAGCAACAAACCUGUUGAGUUGUCCCAAGCUUCUUCGAGCAGCAAACCUGAUGAGCUGUCCCAAGCUUCUUCGAGCAGCCAACCUGACGAACUUUCCCAAGCUUCUUCGAGCAGCAAACCCGUUGAGCUGUCUCAAGCUUCAUCGAGCAGCAAACCUGCAGAGAUUUCCCCACCAGCUGCUGAUUCUGCUGCUGUAGCUACGGCUGAACCAACAUCAGAUCUUGCUGUGGAGGAUGUCACGUCUGCUAGUGGAGUUGGUGAAGAUGGGGAAGUUACAAAAGAAGUAGAAAACAAAGAGAUAUCGAAAGAAGAGACUGAAGAAAUAACAACUGGAGAAUCAUCACAAGUGGAUACGUUUGAGGAACAGAGACGAGAAAUCGAUACCCUGCCAAGUCAGUCUGAAAUUAAAGCCGCUUUAGAAAAAAACGAUGAAAGCGAUCAUGACAGCAGCGCUACAUGUAGUGCAGACGAAGGUACUGGACAUACUGAAGGUGUGGUGGGUAGUACAAAGAAAGAAAAUGAUGGAAAUAAGGAAGAGAAACACCGAUGGAAAAAUCCCAGACACCGUCCCUGA